UGCUGGGAAAGCAUAUCUCAUCAGUCUUCGUUCAGAAAGGAUACUAGAGGUAUUAUAGCGUCCAGAUCUGAACUUGAGCGAGCAAAACUGUCGUCUUUCUUUGUACUAUGUGUACUAUAGUCUUAGGCAUCGGGGGACAUCCGUGAACUUUAUGAAAAUAGUGCAGAAAAGCACGAUCACGAGGUGAUGGAGACUGAAUCGCGACCCGCUGUGGUGAGAUCGAGCGAGAAGCGAACCAUCGUCUGAAGUUUUCCAAUCAGUCCAGGGGGCGCGCGUCGGCGCAGGGGGCGUAAGUCAUGGGUGACGAACAACCUUUGUUAUCCACCAGCGUGGACUGUGAUCAGGAACAUGAUCCUUCUGGGCACAACAAGGAUGGUGAUGUUAAGCACCCACCAUCAGAGAGUUCAGGCCCCUUGGUAGAGCUUGAGCAAGGGAAUGGCACACAGCACAGUAACAACAGGACAGAACAGAGCCACACAGACCAGCCUGACCAGAGGACAAAUGGACAAGUGUCCCAAGUGAAUGACACAAAGGCAAAUGGAGCUGACGAUAUGCCUGCUCCUGGCGGGUACAUGGUCACAAGAAGUCAGGAGAAGGAGGCUGCAGCAAGACAACAGGCAUUUGAGCAGACAAAGCUUCUCCAAGUAGAGUUUUUCCUGUAUGCUCCGGAAAUUGAUGACUACUCAGCAUGUGAGGCUGUCCUGUGUGUCAGUGACAAUGGACAGAGUAAGAACUAUCCAUUAUGGGCAAUUGAUGAGAAGAUUUUGUGGACAACAAAAUCUCCUGUGUACUUACCAGUUGACAAGGAGACACGCUACAAGUAUAGUGUACUGUACAAAGCCAAGACAUCAUUCUUCCAGAGAAUCUUUAAUGUGCGCAAAGACAUGGAGGCUUGCUGGGUACAUGAAGUGGCAGCCUCAGUUCAUGACACACAGAGCAUACACAGGGACAUCUUCAAGGACCCAAAUGUAUUCUACAAGGAUGAAGAGUUCUACGGGAAGUUGUUCUUCACAGAAGAUAUUUUCAAUGCUGUAACAUUUGGAAACCUAAAGGAGAAGCUACUGGAAUGGGAAUAUCUACAAUUCCCAAAUACAAGCUUGACAACAAAGGAGGAAAGAAAAGAAAUUCUCGGAAGAAUUACAAAGUUAUCAUGGAGAGCAACAAAAGUACAGAAAGCUUUCCUUUGUGUUGUGCUAGGGAAAAUGUCCCAACAGAGUGGGUUCCACUUGAAGAAGCUUGAAGUCGCCACUGCUAAGUCACUCCUUCAGGGUCUGUCAGGUUUAACAGUAGAAGACCUUCCAUCCACCUGCAUAGGUGGCUUGAAGAUCAUGGUACCACAACUGUUGUCAGCAGCAGAUACAGUUGAGCCUUGGCUCUGGCUUCUUGGCAACUGCAGCAAACUUUUUGAAACUGGCUACCUUAUACAGCAGGCAACAUCACAAGAGUUGAAAGAGUGGUCAAAGAAGCAUACUCCUGCACAGUACAUGGAGCACUCAAAUGUUCCCAUAUACAAUCUGAUCCACACUCAUCCAGGAGGCUCACAUAGAGAUCGACUUCUUGUGGCCAUACAGAGGGAGGCUCCUGACAUUGAUACAAAGAUUGCUAUCUUUGAUACAGUUGCUGGAGAUUGGCAGGCUGAAAACUUGCAAGAAGUUCUGGAACCCAUGAAGCUCAACUGUACAGCAAGUGUUGAGAAUGCUAUCAGAUCACUGAAGGGGCCCAAGCAGGUAGAGGAGCUGUAUCAGCUGUGGAGGAAAGUUGAGAGAAUGGGCCUACCCGUGGAAGACAUGAUAGCAUCAGCAGUGACUCAGCUGGCUGCCAAAUCCUCAUUUCCACAAGAUCAGAUCACCAAACUACAGAUGCUGAUGACAGACAGAAAGCUCUUCUCCAGUAAGAAGGCACUGGACCUUUUCAAAGUCAUAGCAGCAUCAAAAGAUCCAGUAUUUCAGUCCAUGUUCCUCGCACUAGCUCAUGAUGAAAAAAUGAGCCAAGUAGUUGACAAAGAAGAUGCAAAGGAAUUGUCUGUGAUGUGGCUACAGACUUCCAUAGACGCACACUGUACCACAAGCCGGAUGUCCUACCAACCCUCUGUGGUAGCAAGUCUAAACAUACAAAGAGCCUAUGAUGAUCUGCUUAAGGUAAUGGGAACUGUUCUUGUAGGUCAUGACCAAACAAUUGAAAGAGCCCUUGGAGAAGUAGUAAAAGGCUUCAUCAGAAAGUUUGGGUGGAAGGUAAUGCUGAAGAAGUGUGAAGAUAUGAAGAAUAUGUCAGAACAAGCCCAGGGCCUGUAUAAAGAACACCUGGAAGAGAUGAUCAAGCAAGAGGGUAGUGCCCAGCUGUCUGAGGAUCUGCUGGAGAUAGCCUACAGUAUUUGUGAUAUGAAGCAUGCCAAGGCACCAGGAGGACUGGAUAUCAAGUACAAGUAA